UUUCGGGAGACCCGGGCAGCACAGGAUUUCUUUGCUACUUGCCGGAGCCCCAAACUGUGCUGUGAGCUGACCCUGCAGCCACUCAGACGAUUCCCGCUGGAUGCUGCCAUCAUCUUCUCCGACAUCUUGGUGGUGCCCCAGGCACUGGGCAUGGAGGUUGUUAUGGUCCCUGGCAAAGGACCCACGUUCACAGAGCCCCUGAAGGAGGUAGAGGAUCUGCUGAAACUGCGACAGAAGGUGGACGUGACCGCGGAGCUGGGUUAUGUCUUCCAGGCCAUCACGCUGACACGACACAGCCUGGAGGGCAGAGUGCCUCUCAUUGGGUUCUCGGGGGCACCUUGGACGCUCAUGUCCUACAUGAUUGAGGGUGGCGGCUCCACUACAAUGGCCAAGGCCAAGAGCUGGCUCUACCGUCACCCUGAGGCAAGUCACCGACUGCUGCGGCUGCUGGCUGAUGUCAUCACUGACUACCUGGUGGGCCAGGUGGCAGCUGGAGCGCAGGCACUCCAGCUGUUUGAGUCCCAUGCAGGGCACCUGGGCCCGGACCAGUUUCAGGAUUUUGCUCUGCCUUACAUCCGAGACAUCGCCCAGGCUGUCAAGAGCAAGCUAAAGGAGGAGGCGCUGCCCCUGGUGCCCAUGAUCAUCUUUGCAAAGGACGCGCACUACGCACUGCACGACUUGGCCUGUGCUGGUUAUGAGGUGGUCGGUCUCGAUUGGACCAUCCGGCCCCAGGAAGCUCGUGCACAGACAGGGAAAGACGUCACCCUGCAAGGGAACCUGGACCCCUGCGCUCUCUACGCACCCAAGGAGAAGAUUGGCGAGCUGGUGAAGAAGAUGCUGGAGGGCUUUGGGACCCAACGCUACAUUGCCAACCUGGGCCAUGGCCUCUACCCU